AGUAUUCCCUUCACCGGGGCAAUAUUUGGGGGAAUGCAAGAGGGGAAAAUGGUGAUGAUUCAAGGACAAGUACCUCAAUAUGCUAAGAGGUUCCAGGUGGAUUUUCAGUGCGGGGCCGGUGUGAGCCCCCGCCCCGAUAUAGCGCUCCAUUUCAACCCCCGUUUCAGUGAUGGAGAGCUGAUUGUGUGUAACUCGCUGCAGAAUCAGCGCUGGGGCAGUGAGGAGAGGAAGCAAGGAAUCCCCCUCUCCCGGGGAACUUACUUUGAGCUCAUCUUCCACCUGCGACCAUACUGCUUUCAGGUCUCGGCAAAUGGAAACCACCUUCUGGAGUAUAAUCACCGUUUGCCGUUCAACCGGGUGGACACUUUAGGCAUCUCUGGAGACGUCACCAUCAGCACCAUCACCUUCACCAGCCCCGGGGUUCCAGCGUUUGCUCCACCGCCCUACACCCCAAUGCCAGCUUACAUGGUAACAGCUGCCAGCUCACAAUUUCGCCCUCCGUUCCACCAGCGGUGGCCAUAUCCCAACGCCUCGUUGGGUGAAAACAUUUCUCCGAACCUCCGCUCUGUUUCUUUUCCCAACGCUCUUAAAUCGGUGCCCUCGGGUUACUGA